AUGCCGCAAAUGUCUAUCCCUGCAAAUACGGGUGGAAACCUCAUCAACGAGGUAUUACUCAAGCUGCAGUCACCAGAUGGUGAUGUUCGUAGAGCUGCAGAGGAAUUGCUGAACAAGUCGCCGACAGAACAGCUUUUGCCUGCACUCGCUGCUGCAGCUGCUGCAUCAGAGGAGGAACCAUGUAACCGGCAGAUGGCAGCCGUUUUAGUCCGUCGUUACGCCCACAUUAGAUUAAAGGAUACUUCAAAUGAACACCAGCAAAAACAGCAGCUUAUAGAGCAUGUGAUACAGACCAUUGUCUCCACGCUGACAUCAGGGAGUCCCUUCAUUGUCCGAAAGGCAGCUGCGGAAGCCAUUGGAGAGUUAUGGCAACACCUGCCUUCCUCGGCGAUUGCCAGCCAGACAGCGCCGUUCGGAUCCAUCGUACAGUGGCUUGAUGCAGACCAGAUGAAAGAGAAUCAAAGGGAGGAUGAGUGUUUGUUGUGGCUGCUGGUCGAUCGUUUGGCCGAUGCUGCGGAUCCUGAGGUGUAUGUGCAGCGCGCACCUCAAAUCGCCAGGAAACUAAGCCUCACCUUUCAGCAACUAGACGUAGAGAAGUCCACAGCGGCUGAGGAGGCGCUCGAGACGAUGUUCAUUCGGAUCGCUCGCUGGAAGGCUGAAGGUGGAAAAGCAAAAGAAACCAAAAAGCAGGCAAUUGCUGCAUUCUGCUCUACUUGCCCAGUGGUGCUCCAGAUGCUGAUAAGACAGCCGUGCCCUGAGCUCAUGGCUCCACUCGUGUCACUGGCCGAGAGGGGUCCACAGUUUUUCCGCGACCAGCAUGCGUUACUGCUUGAUACGGUCAAGACCAUUCUUGCCAACACUUCUAAUGUGGAAGCAGAAGAGACGAGGCAGAUGGCUCUCCAGCUUGCUGCAGCCGCUUUCCUGGGUGCUUCAGCGGUCUUACGAAAACACAUGGCACUCGUUGACGAGCUCCUGAUGCUGCUGGCCGACGCGGCCGCAACGUCACCUUGCGACUGGGAAAAUAUAGCUGCUUGGGAAUCCCAGGCGAGAGAGGAAGAGACAGGUGAAGAGACACUGCACAGUGUGGCUCUUCAGCUAAUGGCGGACAUUGCAUCAAUGCUAUGCAGCAGCGGCUCUGGGCAGGACCACGGAGCAGAUGGAGGCUCAGCAGGAAAGUCUUUUUCUGGUGGACUGAACGCUUUGUCGAAGCUUAUGAACAUAUUUUCGCUUCUAGUUGAACAACAAGACCCCCGCUACUCCUUCACUGCUCUCGAGCUGCUGGCCCUCCUACUAGAUGAUGACACCUGUAGACCUCUACUUGGGCCCUACGCCGACAAGCUUGUAUUCGCCUGCAUGGCCGCUCUGAAAGCACCAGACGCUCGUCUGCGCUGGCAAGGGCUCAAGUGCUUUGGGCUGAUGAUGCAGCAGGAAGAUCAGUGGAUCCGACAAGUGCAACAGAAAUAUGGGGAGCAACUUUUAUCAUCGUUAUCAGAGCAAAGUGCAUCAGACACGAGUGUUAGAUGCAGGAGACAGGCGACCUUGGCUCUAGCGGCUCUCCUCGCAGGACUCGCUCCAGAAGAAGGGGAUGAUCCAUCUCCAGAGACCCUUGCACUCGUCCUCCCAAAAUUAAAUGGCACGCUUUCUCAAGCGGUCAUCACUGGUUGCUCCAGCGACGACAUGCAGACUCAAGAAUUCGCACUGGCUCUUGCGUCCGCAUUGGCAAAGGCGUGCGGCACCGCCUUCAUCCCUCACUAUCCUGCAUUUAUUGUUGCGUUGCGGAAUCUUCUUGGAGAGGAUGAUGCCACAGGGAAGCAGAAGGUGCAACAGUUGCUAGAAGAGCAUGCUGGUCGCUGCUUACUGCAGGCAGCUGUGGAGUUUGCCGCAGACCUUGGCUCUGCCGUGGGUAAGGAUGUUUUGAAACCGGAUGCUCCAUGGCUAGUUGAACGCCUUCACAGCAUCAUGUUGUCAUGCGAAGCCGUCCCCGCGGCAUCAGCCGUUUUUGGGGCUAUCAUGACUUGCCUAGCUGUCGCCGCGCCCGCAUGCGGCGCAGAGAUGUUGCAUCAGAUGCGGCCAUUAAUGGACAUUGUUCUUCGUAAAUCCAAUAUGGAUAUUCAGCUGGGUGUCUCACAAGAGGUUGGGUCAGCAGCAGGGUCGCUAAAUGCUGGGGCGGAACUCUCAGAGGAGGGAGGAGUUUCACAGUUCCGUGUGCAGGACAAGACAGGCAAACAGACAAUUAUCUCAAUUAACACGUCGGCUGUAGAGGAAAGAUUGGCUGCCAUUCGGUUGCUCGGGGCUCUCGCCUCGGCUAUUGGCCCCGCAGCGCCAGCUGAUCUGGGACAAGAAUGGACUGCUGCUGCUCUUCAGAGUUGUUCUUCUGGUUUUUCUAUAGUCCGCAAUGCGGCAUUUGAGGUUCUCCCCAAUUGCCUGACUACUCUAGCUUCUGCGCCCACACAGCAGGGGCAGGCGACAACAGCUGCCCUCGAGUUAGCUGCAUCAUUCCUUACAAGUACUGAAGGGCAGCUUCCCCCUUCCCAAGCAACUCUCGCGGCUGAGCGCAUGCUUCCAGCUGUGGCCGAAAUCAUAGCCGAUCAGGCAAAACGGAAAAGGGAGGGGAUGCUCUCCGAGGAAUGCAAAGUGCCUUCCAGUCAGAGGGCAGCUCUGCUUGAGAAACUCUUUGUUGGGAUGGGCAAGCUUAUCCUUCCAGUACUAACUAAUGAGUUUGAGCGUCUAGCUUCCAAAGAAGAGCAAGAUGAUGAGUGGGAAGAUUUGAAUGAAGAUGGUGAUGAAGAGGACAGUAGUUCCUUCUAUGACUCUGUGAUGCAGUGCUCUGGAAAUUUCUUCAAGGUUUACGGAUCUGAAUGUUUGCCACAUUUCGACGCUCACUUGCGUCUACCGUAUGGUGCGCUAUUGGCUCAUGACCAGACGAGCUACUAUGGAAAGGUUGCAGCUCUGUGCCUGUAUGCUGACGCUAUUAACUUUGGAGACCCUAGUGCCACGCUAGAGUACAGCAAAGUGUUGCUCCCUGCGGCGCUGCUGGCUAUUAGCCCACAAGCAGAGUGGGCCAUUGAUGAAGAGCACGCCCUGGUCGUCUCAGCGUCAGUGUACGGCUUGGGCGUUGUCGCACAGAGGCAUCCUGAAUUGUUUUCCUCACAGCUGCAGUCAGCCGUUGAGACCCUGGAAAGGUGUCUUGCAAGCCCGUUGCUGCGGACGGAGGUAGGUAGGGCGGCGGCCGAUGGGGCUGCCUGCGCCCUUCUCAAGGUCCUUGCCGAGUUUGGAAGAGGCCAAGGCAUUGAAGGGGCGUCUGCAAAGUUGGCGAAGCUCUUAGAGACGUGGUAA